AAAACGUAAAUAAAAGAUUUAAGGAAAGUGUAAGAGAUGGCAGGAAUUAAACAACGCACAGCUUGGACGGACAACGACGAAAGUGUUUUGAUUGAUUUGUGGUGUGAACGAGCUGGAGAUUUGCGACGCGUUAAGGGCAAUUCACACAUCUAUGCUGAUAUAUCUGUGCAAAUGGGACAUAAAUUUACCCCAAACGAAGUGCAUGUUAAAAUACGGAACCUUACACAAAAAUAUAGAAAGGAAAAGAAAAAAGUUGUGCUCUCGGGGGGCAGCCCAUCGGGGUGGAAACAUUUUGACGCAGUCCAUCAAAUAAUCGAAUUGACAGCAGCCAAUGUUACAGAAACUUAUGAAUCGUUUACUGUGUCAUAUAUACCUACAGCAUCACCAGUAGCAAUGUCAUCUGCAGUACCGGUAGCUGAACUGCUUUGUGCGCCAGUAAUAGCAUCGACCAGCUCGCCAUCACUGUGGAAACUGGAUAGCUCAAUAUCAGCAGCCGGUACAUUUAGAAAGAGGAAUUAUAUGGGUGAAAUAAUAAAAGUGGCAAAAGAGCAAAAUGAAUUGCUGAAGACGGUGGUAGAGGAUGGGAAAAAAUUGACUGAAAGAGUUGUUAAUGCUAUCGAACUACAAAGUAACAAUACCAAGGAGUUCAUAGAGAUUAUGAAAAGUCUUUUAGAAAAAAUGUUAAAAAAAAAGUAUGAAAACGCUUAAGUGAGUUGCUUUCAAAUAUAUACGAAUCAUUAUUUCUUCCUGUGGAUCCUAAGUUUUAUGUAUGUAUAUAUACUUUAAUCUGCAAGUAAUAUAAAAAUGUAAACACAUGUGUAUGAAAAUAAAUCACA